UGUUCAGGAAUUGGGAAAGUGAAGGCCAUAUAGGGCCGAAAGCUAUCCAUGAAAUCAAACACUGCCUCGCACCAUGACCGACCGCGACCGAGCUCGCGAGCGAGACCGAGAUCGAGAAAGGAGACGAGACAAGGAAGAUCGUGACCGUGAACGAGAACGGGAACGCGAACGCGAGCGAGACCGAGACCGAGACCGAGAUCGCGAUCGAAUACGCAGCAAGAGAUCCCGUUCUCGCACACCUGACAGGGGCAGAUCCCGCCACACGCGCUCCCGCACGCGUUCUCCUGACCGUUACCGUUCUCACUCCCGUUCACGUUCUCCCGGAGAGCGGUCCCUCCGCCGGCGGCACCAUCACCACCGGACACCUUCGCCUGAACCUCACAGGAAGCGUCAUCGCAGAGAAUCUACUGCUGAAGAUAAUAGGGAUACGAAGAAAGUGGUCUCUGAUUUUGUGGAUGGAAUUGCGAAGGAGCAGCAGCAGAAGCACAAGGAUAAUGACAGUGGCGGUGAUAAUGGGGGAGCGGAGGGAGAAAAUGGGAUGGACGGGGAUGAGAUGGAGAUGAUGAAGAAAUUAGGGAUUCCGAUCGGGUUUGAUUCGACCAAAGGAAAGCCCGUGCCUGGUGCGGACGUGAGUGGUGUUAGAGCAGUGACCAAGCGGCAGCCUAGGCAGUACAUGAACCGGCGAGGAGGUUUUAAUCGCCCAUUGCCUGCGGAGAGGAAUCGGUAGAUUAACUCUGUUUUUGAGAUGGCAAAUCCUUCUGGGAUGGUUCAAUUAUGGAGAACCUUUGAUGACUGAAACCCUCGUGGGUGCUUGGUAGGAACCAAAAAAGUGUGUAAGAAUUUGAGUUGUUCCUGUGGGGCAUUUAACAUCCUGUCCUACCUUGAGCUUAACGUCCUGUGUAGUUGUUAUAUGGCAUCUGAUUUUUUCCCCCAUACAUUUCCAUGCUUGAAAGUGGCACUCAAAAUUAUUGAA